AAGUACGGCCCCGUGUUCAGUUUGAGGAGGGGCAGUGAGAGGAUGGUGUUUGUUGCAGGAUAUAAAAUGGUCAAAGAGGCUCUUGUCAGCCAGCUGGACAGCUUUGUUAAUCGACCAAUCAUCCCUCUUUUCCAUGUUGUAUUAAAGGGCUUAGGGAUAUCUAUGAGCAACGGUUAUCUUUGGAAGAAGCAGAGGAAGUUUGCCAACACUCACCUGCGUUACUUUGGAGAAGGCCAAAAGUCACUGGAGAAGUACAUUGAAGUGGAGUGCAACUUUCUUUGUGAAGCUUUCAAGGAGGAGCAAGGUAGACCAUUCAACCCCCACUACAUCAUGACAAAUGCAGUGGGUAACAUCAUCUCCUCUGUGGUCUUUGGACAUCGCUUUGAAUACACUGAUCCGAGCUUUCGCAAAAUUCUGGAGCUGGACAAUGAUGCCCUUCUGCUUGCUGGUUCAGCUCAGGCACAGCUGUAUGAUGCCUUUCCUGGCUUGAUGAAGUACCUGCCAGGACCUCACCAGACUGUCCAUGCCAACUACAGGGAGAUU